GAGCCGCUGUCGCUCGUCACGGCCGUUGCCCGCCUGUCCUCGAAGGUGCGGGCCACGGUCUACGGGACCCGCUACCCCUGGCCAGAGCUGCUCUGCCAGCUGUUCGGCCACUGCGCCGCCAACGGGCACAUCGACGAGGCCGUGGGCCUGCUGGUGCGGCAGAUGUACAGGCCCGUGUGGGAGUUUGCGGAGCUGCUCCGCGAGCUGCACGAGGGCAUGCGGUCCGACGGCGCCUUCCAGGAGAUGGAGCUGCUCGUGUGCGCCCAGCCGAUGGCGAUCUGCGCCAUGAUGCGCGGGCUGACCGACAAGCCGAUGCUCGUGUAUCAGGCCUUCCCUCUCGUGGGUGCCACGCCGGCCGCUCUCUCGCACGCGCUGCUGCUCAACUUCCGGGAGAUGGCGCGGCAUCCUCGCAGCACUGCCUUUGUCGCCUACUCCGAGUUCCUCGCCCAGCAGUUCGCCUUUCAGGUGGGCCACCAGCCGCUGUGCAUUCGACCGCACUCCCUAUACGCCACCUCGUACGGCAACCUGCUGUACUUUCCAGACAGAGAGUCUCCGCGUAUCUUUGUCAGUCGUAUGGCUGGCUGGGCCAGGGACGGUGCUCAUGCCAUGGUCUACUUACUGGAAUAUUUUGCUGAACGUGAACUCGGGGCAGAAUCUGGGCUUCGAUUUGUAUUUCUUGGCGUGGUCCGCGAGCCCUCCGCGCUCGUGGCGGGCGUCGCGCAGCCCUUCGGCUACGCCGAGCUGCGGCGCUUCCGGGCCGCCGUGUACUUCCCCUGGGACAUGGGGAUGCUCCUGUUCAGCGAGCUGUACAGCAUCGGCGUGCCUCUGCUUGUCCCAGGGCGCGCGUGGAUGGCAUCCAUCAUCAAGCGCAUGCUGGAGUACACCGACUUCGGGUGGUGGCAGGCGCGCGCGGAGACCGCGGCCGCGCUGCCCGGCGCAGGCGGCGCCGCCCAGGGCGGGCCGAGCUGGUGGCCGUGGCUCGACGCUAACUCCACGGUCGGCGAGAUCCUGGCGCUGUACGACCUCACGGAUUUCGUCCGCUGGCCUUACGUGGAGGCUUUCGACAGCCUCCCCGCACUCAUGCGCGCUGUCCGCGGAGCGGACUUCGACAAGUGCAGCGAGGACAUGCGGCGCUGGAACGAGGCCUCCCUGCAGCGCUCGCUGGGCAUCGCCUCCCGGGCGCUCGCGGCGCUGCUGGGCGGGCCCGCGGGCGCCCCGCGCGCGGAGUCCUCGUGCCUCUGA